AUAUGAAGAAGAAGUUUAUUGAUUAAGAUAUGAGCAGACAGAAAAGGAGUUCCACGCGGACGGAUAAAAAGCACGUGAGUAGUGCCGUAACCAUCAUGGCGGACGAAGUCUGCUGUGCAGCUUGGAUAAACAGGAACUUUUGCAUCUUAGAAUGGGCUGAACCUCGAGCAUCAGUGUAAGAUAGCAUCCAAACGUGACCAUGACUGAGAAACAAGUGGAUGCCAGCGAGCUCUUUAGCCUGCUGUCGUCACCUGACCUCCAUGUAGUUGACGAAAUCAAAGCCCUUAUCCAUGAAAACCUUAACACUGCCCGUGAACCAUGGCUGCUGAAUUGCCUUGUGGAGUUUUACGUGGCCACCAACAACCAGCCAGCCCUGGAGGUGUUAGUGGGCAUCAGGGAGCCACAUGAUAAGCACUUGCUGUCCAAGCUACAGCAGUAUGUGGCCCGUGGCUGCCAGGCUAGUCGGCUGGCUGCUCUGACUCUGCUGGGACAUGUGGUGCGGAAACACCCGUCAUGGCUGUACAAGAUCACCCAGCACUCCAUCAUGGCAACCCUCCUCAAACUUCUCAAGCGUGAGACGGACAUCCCUAAUGUGAUGAGUGGUGUGCUGAUCAUCACCACCCUGCUGCCCAUGGUGCCUGCGCUCAUCGCUCCGUACCUCACCAGUAUAUUUGAAGUCUUCAGUAGGCUGGCUGCAUGGAACACAAACAAACCUGGUCCCAUCCCAGAUGUGUACCUGCUGCACCUGCACAUUGCUGUGUAUGCCCUGUUCCACCGGCUGUACAGUAUGUACCCAUGUAACUUCCUGGCGUACCUCCGAGCCUACUACAGCACCAGGGACCACAUCGAUGUGUUUGAGUACACCAUAAAGCCCAUGUUGGAGAGAGUAAGGAUGCACCCACUGCUCAUCAUAUCCUCAUCUGAAGAGGAAACAAAAACAAACAGGUGGAGAAAGAUGGAGACCCAUGACAUUGUGAUAGAAUGUGCCAAAGUGUGUCUGGAUCCGCUGGAGUCGGGGCGGGACACCGUGGCCGCGCCCCUUCGACAGCCAGGCCCCAUAUCCAGGGAACCCUCCCAACUCAACACUUCUCUCAACUACUCCUUCUCACCUAUGCCAAGUGCAGAAGCCAGUCUUGUAGAUGAAACCCACAAGAAGGAGAAGACUUCCUCCCAGAAGCUGAACACUGCGGAAGAUUCUCCUCCAUUCUGGAGCCCCUCCAACAUCUGCGGGCUGUCCACCCCUCCACACUCCCAUGGAAUGUCCCCGGCCAGCAGCCAUCUUGAGUUGACCUCGUCAUCCGCUUUGCACCACAGUUUUGCGCUCUCCUCUGCCGCGAACACCCCCACCCCCAUGGCCACUCCCUCUGAGUCUCCCCCAACCGUAGGGGGUGAGGCAUCCGGACAAGGCUCCACACCCAAAAAGACCAGCAAGGAAAAUCUCAUGUCCAAGCCCCCCUUGUCUCCGAGGUCGCGAACUCAAAUAUUUCAGCGAUUUUUUAGUGCUCCCCAAGGACAACUGCCCGAACUUUCCCCCAGUAAUUCUACACCUGUAUCGCCAUUGACAAGAGAAGACUUUGGUGGGGGCACGGGUACAACAGGAAAAAGUCAAAGUGCCCCACUAACUGCAGAAUUGUCAUCAGUACAGGACACCCCUCCCUUCCCCAAGGUUCCCCAAAGUGGACUGGACCUAACGGAAGGCCAGCAGUGUGCAGGAACGUUCCACUCCCAGGAUAGGGAGGAUGACGGGAAAAAUUCUAAGGACAUCUUAACGCCUGAGAAUCUGAGCCAAGUUGUAGAGAAAUUGUCGGAACAUGGGUCUUCCCUGGAAGUUGUUGGGCCGUUAUCUUCCGCAGGUCUAGAUGUAGAGAAAGACUUAGAUGAUGCUGCUAAUCUGGAGGUGAGUGAGAUCACAGAUAAAGGCCAGUCCAGCCAAGCUGCAGUGAGAACUCCAGAGGAUGAGUUCCACAACACAACUGCUAAUCUCACAGGAGCCGCCAGGUAUCCCCAGGAAGGAUUGGUCACGCCUGACCAGGACGGCCAACAGGAGAUCUCCGACCAGUUUCAAACUGACCAAUCAGACUCCAACCUGAUAUCCUACGACACUGCCAAGUCCGCUGCCACCUUCAUGGCGAGGGUGAAACAAAUCCGCGGUCACGUAACGUCGGACACCAUAGUAGACCCGUCGGAGCUACCCAGGAUGAGGUACAAGUCGUAUCCGCCCUUGACCAGAGGUGAGAUAUUUGUGCCCGCCGAUUCAGCAAUGAUCAGCCCAAACGUGCCAAGUGCAUUCAAGAGGCCAGCCAACCUCGCCAAGCUGAGGAUCCCUCCGUUAGAUGAGUCCAACGGAAGCGUGAUGGACAUUUCGGUCACGGACACCUCAGAUGAUGUUGUUACAGACUCAUUGCCUGAGGAUGUAGAAAAGCCGCUAACCCAAGACAAUAGCUUUGAAGGAAAGACUUGUGAAAGGGUUGGAGUGCUAGAACUUCAGCAAGAAAAAGUGCAGCAAAGACUUCAAGAAGAACUGGAGGAGAAAGAGAAAGGCUUCACACCCAUUCAGGAAGAGGAGGCCAGAAUGGACACAAGUACGCCACACAAAGUGCGUGACUCCGUAACACAGACUGUCACGGAACCUUACGAGCACCUGAUCCCGCUGGCUCUACAGUUUCUACCUGGCGUGAGACAAGGAGAACACAGUCUGGACCAUGCCAUUCCUGCUGACGGGGAGGAGAAGGGUCCUCACCCCUCACAGAGGGACAGUGUAGUGGCAAUGUUUAGUGAGGUUUCUCCUUUAGAAGUGUUAGAUAGACACAUCCAGCUGGGAGGGGAUGUCCACUCCAAGGAACUCAGCAGAAUUCCACUGGUCAACAUGGACUCCAUCAACUGGACACAUUUUGGAGGAGCGCCUCCUGCCGAUGAGGUGACCAUUCUGAAGGACCAGCUCCUGCUGCUCCAUAACCAGCUGCUGUUUGAGAGGCACAAGCGAGAUCUACACGCCCAGCGGAACAGACGCCUGCUCGGGAAAACCUUCAAGGCCCGCGCCAUGGAGGAACAGAACGUCGCCAUGCAGGAUCAGUUACAACUGCAGGAGAGGGAGAUCGGGAGUCAGAAGGGAGAGCUGAGACAGCUGUGGGAGCAGAGGAAGGACCUGAUGGAGAGGCUGGAGAGGAAAGAUGCAGAACUACAGCUGAACACCAGGCAGUACCAACAGGGGCAGGACAGACUACAUGCACAGGUUGAAGACUUGAAACUGUCCAUGGCAGCUAAGGAGGAACAUCUGGAGAGACUUAAGAAAGACUUGAAGGCGUCGAGCGCUCGUCUGUUCACCAUGGAGAGUGAGCUGUGUGACAUGGCGGAGAAGGUCGCUCAGACAGAGGACCUCAGACAACAGGUGGAGGCUCUCAACAGACAACUGUUGCUGAUGGGUGAACUCCAACAGAAGUAUGACGACAGACUGGACCUGAUGAAGUUUACAAACAACAAGGAGGCCAACUGUAGCGCUCAGCUGGCUGCUGCCAAGGCAGAACUAGCAGGUUUGAGAGAGACCCUCCACACAGAGCGAACGGAACGGGAGAUGGCUAAGCGGAGAAUCUCGGAGCUGGAGGAGAUGCUGGGAAACAGGGAGGUGGUGGGGCUGGAGCAGAAGCGCAUGUUGGAGAGUGUGAAGAGCCUCUCCCGUGGACAGCUCCAGGCCAUGGAGCAGAAGUACAACUCCCUGAAGAGGAUAUGUCAGCAGAUGGAGAACCAGAUACUCAAGCUCUACAGUAAACUAGAGGGGAAGGGAUACCACAGAAAUCGGGAGAAGCUGUCCAGUGAAAAUAUCUCCAUGGGUAAGAGUCAACCGGAGAGGCAGGUUUCACAGGACGUAGCCAGUAGCGAAUCUGAGAGUAGCGAAUCCCAGAGUUCUAUAGAUAGCGUCAAACGGUUGCAGCCCCCUCCGGAAGAUUCAAGCGAGCAACGAUCCUCACCCAACACGACGUUCGGAUGGGUACAAGGCUCGGACAGUUCCGUACGCGGUAGGAUGAAGAGUGCUUUCGAGGAGGACGGCCUGUCGCUGACGAGCUCAGAAAGGUUGCAAUCCGAGGACAUACAAGAAGAGACUGACGGCAAGGAAAAAAGCCAGGAGAUUUCUCGUGAAGGGGCAAAACAUAAAGGAGAGUGGACUGGGGAGGGGGCCCGGGGGGCGCAGUCGGAGGAAGGGUACCGGAGAACCAGCACGAUAGGUAGUCGUUCAACUCUGAGCGAAGACAGGAGUCUGGCCUCCAUGGCGGACUUGGACGGAAGUCUUUACAGCGAGACCACGAGCAUGUCGUCAAGCGGAGCACGCGGUUUUACGGACACCUACGACAGUGGAUAUGCAUAGUUAAAGACGAUAUUCUGGUAUACUAAAAGGCAUAUAACUUUUGAUACUACAGUUGGUGUAGCAGGAAUGACAAUAUAGCUUCUAAGUGUGUGGAAACUGAGCAAUUUUGAAAAAGUUGCAAUAUUUAGAAAAGAAAAGCCAUUGCCUAUCCCUAGAAAAGGUUUGUAAGCAGUUGCAUGGACUACGAAGUGAAAGUGCCUGUAAAGUGUUGGAAAGUGAUGUUCUUGUUCUGAUACACUGUACAGUUGCUAGAGGUAGAUGUUUUGAAAAGAGGAUCAUAUUUUCUUUUAGUUUGAAACUUUUUGAUAAACAGAGAAGACCGGGGAGAGAUGUGAAAGUUUAGUUGUACAGGCAGAAAAUUGAAAACAUUUUAUUUAUUUUCAAUAAUUCUAAUGGUGUGAUUUUUUUCAUGAAUGUUAAGCAACUUAUCAUUCAGUUUCUUUUGUACUAUUAAGCUUUUUUUUCCAUUCCUUACUUUUCUUUUCUAUAGCCUUCUUUCACACCGGAAAGCUUGUACAGUAGUAUGCUUUUGUUAACUUUAUGCCAAUUCUUUGCUUUCUUUCUAUUAAACUUUUCUUUUCCAUUUUCUUGACCUUCUUAGGGAAGGGUUGUAUAUAGCAAAUUGCAAAUUCUGAGAGUUUGUAUUAUUGAGGAUAUUUCUCAAUUUGAUGAAUAUGAAUCAUGUGAACUUUCUUGAAGUAGGCCUCUUGUAUUAGUCUAGAUAUAUACCCAUGUCCUGCAUCAAGUGUGAAAAAAUACAGCUUACAAAAUCAACAGAUCAGUGGUUUUUGUUUUGGUGUCAUACAGGUAAACCCCCAAAAAUAUUUUUCUUAUUUUGAGUGGGAGUUUUGCUGCUGGUAAAAGUCUUGAAAGAUAGCAAUUAUUUUUGAGAACAACUGAAUGGUAGACUCUGAAAUUCCAUUAAAUGUUGCGGUCUUUCACCUUUUAAAAAGUUAUCAACCAAUUUCUACCCUGUUUAUAAUGAUAUUUACAAAAUGUCACAAUUUCAUAAGGGUGACUUGAAAAAGACUCAUUCCAACUCUUACAAAAGAAUUUUGAAGGUUUGAAUGUAGUCAAUUCAGACUAGAAGAGAACUUUAAAGUUACAAGUGUAUUUGCGUUGAAAGACAAUGGGAAAAGACGUGGAGCUGAAAUAAAGAAAAACAUAUAAUGUAGUUAGUUACCAGUCAAACCAAUUAGUCUGUGUAACGCAAACUGCUGUCCAUGGCUGUACCUGGCCCCUCUCUGCAGAGACUUCACAGCUGCAACAAAUGAGAUUUGAGCCGGCUACAAACCAAUACAUAUAUAGAACUUGACAAGCAAGGACAAUGUUAUAGCCCCAUACUAACAGUUGAGAGAGAACAGUAUUACUCUACAUACAAUGUGCAUUUCCCUGUAUUUCCAGAUGAUAUAAGAAUCCAGUGCUAUGUUUUUAGAGUCUCACUUGUGUGAAGUAAUUUUGUAUUUGCCCAGUGUGCUGCAGCCUUAGACUGUGGACAAUAUUUCGUACAUAUACUACUGGUACUGAUUCUUCAAUACACAAGAGCAAUAGUACACUGUCAACUGUAUGACCACCCAUCGUGCUAGGAAAUUCUGUGUCAUGGCAGACCUGUUCAGAUGCAACUCGAAACCUUAUGGAACAUUAAGUGAUAUUUAGUAUACAAUGGUUAUAUUACAACCUGACUAUGUUGAAUGUUAGUGACAGGAUUUGGAUGGAUAACCAUGUCCCAACUUCAGUGGUUUUACAAAAUCAAGUAUGUAAUAAAUGCGAGUACAUUGUAUGUUCACACCAUGAAUAAACAUUUUCAUUGUGUUUGUAAAAUCUAACUUUUCCUGGCAUUUUGAUCCGCUGUUAUGACAUAAUUGCUGCUCAUAAUUACAAUUUGAAGGGUAAUGAAAACGAUUCGUACCAGAAAAAAGCAGUGUAGUUAAGUCUUAAGACAUGAAAUGUCAUUAGACUUGUACAUAAACAUUGUAUGCUGUUUUAAGUGGCUGCUGUGAAAAUUUUGUGCACAUUAUGUGAUAAACUAAUAAUAUUAAGGAAAUGUUCUCAUUUAGGCAAUACGUGCAACGUUAUAGGGAAACUAAACAUAAAGCAUAUCACUGAUUCAAUAAAUAUUUGUGAAGAAUUAAAAAUCUAUUGAAACUGCAUUGAUUUGUGUUAUUCUAUGUAUUUUCAAUUAAAAUAGAGUUUUUAAAACUAA